UGAGUUCGACUUUGAUAAUUGAUUUGGUUUCAUAAUAACAAAACUUGUCAUAAAUAACCUAUUUUUGUAAUUAUAAAGAUUUAAAAACAAUUUGAAUAGCUUUGUUUAAUAGGUUUUCUUAGUAAAAAAUAGUUUACCAUGUCUAGAUUUAUGUCUGCAGUUUUACAACCAUUAAGAUUGGUGAACCACACCUUUCAAGCGCUUGUCCAGGCUUCUCCAACAACAAGUUUAGUAAAGUCAGAGUAUCCCUUGUUGUCAUUUAUUAGAACUAAGGUUAGGUGUUAUUUCCCGCGACCAAAUGAAGUGAAAAGGGUUCGUCGGCACGGUUGGAAAACUAGAAUGUCAACGCCGAGUGGUCGAAGAGUUAUCAUGAGAAGGUUUUUGAAAGGUCGACACGUAUUGUCACAUUAAUAUUCAUUUAUAAUUCUGUUAAGGAUAGGUAAAAAUGUAGAAAUAAUAUAAAAUAAAUUA